CUGGUUCCACUGCUUCCACGGUUUACUGCCUUGAGUUUUUUCCAGAAAUAUUUCUUUGUGGUAUGAUAAUCAUCCUGGGGUCAAAUACUAAAAACUCGCGCGGAAAUGUCUUACUGCGAAGGAUCGAUAGUAAGAAUCAAGCUUGACAAUGUGCUAACGUAUGACUCUGUAGAAUUCCAAUGCGGUCCUCGCUUGAAUGUGAUAAUUGGUCCGAAUGGAACGGGCAAGUCGACCAUUGUGUGUGCCAUUUGCCUGGGCUUGGCCGGCAAGCCCAGCCUCCUGGGACGUGCAAACCACCCAACAGACUUCAUCAAGUAUGGAUGCAAGAAGGCUUGCAUUGAACUAGAGCUAUACAACCAAGAUGGGCAGAAUUACAUUGUAAAAAGGGAGAUCAGCAAAGAAGCCCCAACCAACAAAUGGUGGGUCAAUGGAAGGUCAGCCACCCAAAAAAAUAUUGAGGAGCUUGUGGCCAGACUUAAUAUCCAGGUGGGAAACCUAACACAGUUCUUGCCGCAGGAAAAAGUUGCAGACUUUGCAAAGAUGACUGAAAUAGACUUGCUAGAAAACACUGAAAAGGCGGUGGGUAGCCCUGAUAUGUUCGAGCGUCACCAGCAGCUGAAGGAUUCCCGCUCAAGCGCCCGGGAACUCGAGACCGACCACGAGCGCCUCAUAGAGAGGCUCAACGUGGAGCGGCAGAAGAACGCACGGGUGGAGCAGGAUGUGCGGAGCUAUGAGGAGAGGAAUAAGAUCCUGCAGGAAAUCAAAACACUCAAGAUUAAAAAAGUCUGGGUGGAGUAUGAAGAAAAGCGCCAGCUGUUUUACCAACACAGGACAGAGAGGAAGACUGUAGAGGCAGAGCUGAAGACUCUCCGUGAUGCCCACGCACCACUCCGUAGAGGCAUUGAAGAAUGUCGGGCAAAAAAGGACGACAUUGCCAGUCAAGUGAAGGCUAAGUCUCGAGAACUUCGUAUUGUUGCAGAGCAAGCUAGUGCUAAUGCCAAUGCACUGGAUGGCCUGACUGAUAAGUCCGUGGAGAUUAGAUCUGAGAUGAGAUUCAAGCAAGAACAAGAAGAUGCCCGAAAAAGACGACUACAGGAUCUACGGAGACAGCUGGAAGCCUUGGAGAAUGACAUUCAGUCUCUUGAUGACACAGUUGAUGUCCAGCCCCAAAUAGAACAGUUGAAUAAGUCGCUGCGAGAGGUCACUCAGAACUUGGCACAGGUCAAUCACCAAGGGGACAGUAUCCGUAUGGAGAGAGACAAACACCAACGUGACCAUGCUUUGAUUGAGAAGGAUCUGAAGUCGCUACGGAACAUAGAGAACCAGCGUCUGGAGCUUUUGAGGACCCGACACAAGGACACAUACUCUGCAGUCGUGUGGCUAAGAGAAAACAAGAAAAUGUUCAAGGGCACUAUACACGAGCCCAUCAUGUUGUGUGUUAACAUGAGGAACCCUCAGCAGGCCAAGUUCCUGGAGAACCACGUCUCGUUCAAUGACUUGCGGGCGUUUGUGUGUGAGACCAGUGAGGACCUCAAUCUCUUCAUGGACCUCAUGCGUGAUGAACAGAAGCUGCGGGUGAAUGCAGUGAAGGCGCCUGCAGACGUCAAUUUGGAGGAGACCAGGCCCAGUAAACCCAUACAGUUCUAUAGCAAGUUUGGCUUCCAGACUUACCUACGGGACAUGUUCACGUGCCCUGACGCAGUAAUGAGGUUCCUGUGCAGGCAGUACCGGGUCCACAACAUCCCUGUGGGUACUGCAGCCACCAAGCAGCAGGUCGGCAACAUCAUACAGCAACAUCCUGAACUCACCUGCUUCUACACCGAGGACAGCCAGUACCAAAUCAAGCGCUCCAGAUAUGAUAACUCAGUCUCCUCAAGGAACAUCAAACUCAAGCAACCAUCCUUGCUGACCACGUCAAUGAACUAUGAAAGGGAGAGGGAGCUGGUAAAACAACAGCAGGUUGAGAGUGCGGCAGUCUCACAGAAGGAACAGGAAUACAAGGAGUUACAGGACAGAUCCAAGCAGCUCGACCAGCAACUCAACAAAUUGAGAGAGGAAAAGAAACAACUGAUGAUGCGAAAGGACCAAAAGAAACGACUCCAGUCACAAAUUGAAUCAAAGAAGAAAACAAUCUUGACAGUGGAGCAUGAGGCACUGAACAUGGAGGAGGAGGAGAGGAAGGUCAGGGUCAAGGUCGCAGAGGUCAAUGAGUCAAAGCUGCGUCUGCUGACCCAGUAUGUGGAGAACACAGGGCGUUGCCUGGAGCUGUGCAAGGACAAGGUGUUUCUGGGUGUGAGCCAUGCCGAGGCAGUCAGGGCAUGUACCAGCAUGGAGGAGGAGAACAGGGGCCAAACACAGGCCCUGCAGCAGGCAGAGAGCAAGUUUGAGCGUCUCCGUGAGCGUGAGGAGAGGUGCAAGAGGGAGGCCAGACAGCAGCUAGCAGACGCCAGGAAGGAGAGCAACCUGGGAACCAAUGAUGAGCUCCCACAGGCCCUCAUGCAGGAAAUGGCCCAUCUACCAGAGAAUGUGGAUGCUUUGAAUGCCCUGAUUGAUGAGAAGCAAGUGCGUGCAGACCUAACAAUUGUGGCUGAUCCAAGGGUGAUUCAAGAGUUCCAGAAGAGGCAGGUGGAGAUAGAGAAGCUAGAGAGAGAGCUGGCUGAGAAGGAGAGGCAGCUGGCUACACACCAGGCUGAUAUUGAGGAAGCAAAAGCUCAUUGGAUUGGACCUUUGCAGGAGCUGAUAGAGAAGAUCAACACCAAGUUUAGUUUCUUCUUCCAGUGCCUGAAGUGUGUCGGGGAGGUGGACCUACAUGUGCCAGACAACCCGGAGGAGUAUAGUAAAUACGGGGUCCGUAUCAAGGUGAAGUUCCGCGACUCUGAGCCCCUGAAGGAGUUGUCUCCCUUCCACCAGAGCGGUGGAGAGCGCAGUGUGACCACAGUGCUCUAUAUGAUGGCCCUCCAGGAGAUUGCCAGGGUGCCGUUCAGAUGUGUGGAUGAGAUCAAUCAGGGCAUGGAUCCAGUGAAUGAGCGCAAGGUGUUUGAGCUGGUGGUGACCACAGUAUGCACAAUGUCCUCCUCUCAGUACUUCCUCCUCACUCCUAAGCUGUUACCAGAUCUGGAAUACGCAGAAGAAAUGACAGUUUUGUGUGUGUACAACGGAUCUAACAUGUUAAAUCACACAGAAUGGGACCUGAAUAAGUUUAUCAAGAAUGGAAGACCACUUGACGAGUGAAAAAGAUCUGCCAUUGGUGUCUGAUGCCAAUUCAAGAUCUGAACUAUGUCUUCACAUAGAAAAUAUGCUGACAAUCCAGCUUCUCUUAACUGUUAAAAUCAGACCAAUUGUGUUCAGCUGAAACAUAUGUGUGUCUGUAUAUUCAGAGGAGACUUAUGUUCCAAAGGCAUACAUUGUGUUGGCUUUUUACUGAUAUUGUGAUGAUUUCAUUGGGUAUUGAAGUUCCUUGGCAAGCAGAUAGUUCAGUGUGGUGUACAUUUAUUUCAUGUUAAUAUUCCAUUCAAAAUUCAUGGUUCUGGUGCUUUUACAUUUUUAGCAUUUUUACUCAAUUUUAUUGUUAUAUCUUAAAUGAAUUCUGCCAAGGUCGACAGCGGACUUUUAAGUGUUUAUUCUAUAUUUUACAGCUGUUUUUCCUGUUCUUCAAAAAUCGUCAAUUUAGAGCAUUUAGUAUCUCUUCUACUUUUUCUAGAAAUAAGGCUGUCAUCUACAUAUUGGGUUAAAUUAAUAUUGGAGUAAACUUGACCCUAUUUGAUAUGCGUCCCGUGUUUGUUGUUUGUUCUAAUAUUAUAAGCAAGAACUUGUGGUAAUAUGAUACAAAGAGGGGGUAACAAAGUUAAAGUCAAGAUGGCGACGUCCAUCUAUUUAAAAAAAAAAAAAAGAGCUAUUGUCAUCUCCUUGGCGUCGGCGUCCGGUUAAAUUUUGCGUUUAGACACACCUUUCUCAUAGAGUAUCAAAGCUAUUGCAUUCAAACCUGGUACACUUACUUACUAUCAUGAGGGGACUAGGCAAGCAAAGUAAAAUAACUCUGGCAUGCAUUUUGACAGAAUUAUGUGCCCUUUUUAUACUUAGAAAAUUGAAAAAAUAAUUAAAUUGUGUUUAGGUCCACUUUAUUCCUAAAGUAUCAAAGCUUUUGCUUUCAUACUUGCGACACUUUCUAACUAUCAUAAGGGGACUGUGCAGGCAAAGUUAUGUAACUCUGACUGGCAUUUUGACAGAAUUAUGGCCCCUUUAUACUUAGAAAAUUGAAAAUGUCAUUAAGUUUUGUGUUUUUGUCCACUUUACUCCUAAAAUAUCAUAGCUAUUGCUUUCAGACUUGGAACACUAUGAAACUAUCAUAAGGGGACUGUACAUGACAAGUUGCAUAACUCAGGUUGUCAUUUUGACGGAAUUAUGGCCCUUUUUUGACUUUGUAACUUUGAAUAUAUGGUUAAAUUUUGUGUUUACAUCCUUUUUACUUCUAAAGUAUCAAGGCUAUUGCUUUCAAACUUCAAAUACUUUCAUACUAUCAUAAAGGUACUGUACCAGGUAAGUUGAAUUUUACCUUGACCUUUGAAUGACAUUGCCUCUCAAGGUCAAAUAAUAAAAUUUUGCUAAAAUU